AUGCCCUCAUUAAACAGUUCAUUUGUUGGUGAGGCGGCUCAGCAUGCACGGAUCCAUGAGUCUGUGUCUAUUACAUCUAUAUUUAAGCGCAUUAUUCUCAUUUCUAUUCCAUUGAAUUUGGCACAACUUGCGCAGUUUUCUAUUAAUGUUUCUAUAAUCUCUGUUGUUGGUAAACUUGGUGUUAAUCAACUCGGUGGAGCCUCACUGGGAUAUGGUCUUAUCAACGCGACGGCUUUUGCUUUCGCAUCGGGAUUCUGUGGAGCACUAGAGACGGUUCUUUCCCACACAUACGGUCGUGAUCCGAAGAGUAAAAUGUAUGGUAUUUAUGCACAGCGAAUGACUCUUAUGUUAUUAUUAGUAGGACUUUUUCUUUCACCUAUUAUUUUAUUUAUUGAUCGUAUUUUACUUUGGCUUGGACAAGAUCCGGAUGUGGUACAGUAUACGGGAGAGUUUUGUCGUGCUGCCGUAUGGGGUGUUUUCCCUGUAAUGGCGUUAGAACUCCUUCGACGUUACUUUGCCUGUCAACACUUAAACAACAUUCUUUCUAUUAACUUAAUGGUAGGAGCGGUAUUGUUUCCUUUUCUACUUAUAUUUCUUGUCAAUAUAUUUGGCUUUAUUGGUGCCCCGUUUGGUUGGUGUAUUCUCAUGAUAUGUAUGUCUGGUGGUCUUUGGCUUUAUCUCGUCAUUACGCGUAAAUAUAAAGAUACGUGGGGAGGCUGGGAUGAUGCGGCGUAUAAACACUGGGGACCACUUCUCGCGCUUGCGAUUCCAUCUAUGGGAAUGAUGUUGAGUGAGUGGGUCUCAUUAGAAAUUAAUAACAUCUGCGCGGGAUUUGGAACGCCAGAGGAACUCGCAGCGUUUGGAAUUACAUUUCAGCUCUCGGGUGUGUGUUGGUCUAAUGCCGCAGGAACAUUUAUUGCAGCAUCUGUAUUGGUGGGAAAUGCGAUUGGUGAGGGAAAACCAAAACUAGCUCGUACAAUAGCUUACUGUUCUCUUAUUACCACUAUAUCUAUUGCAAUCUUUAAUCUUAUUAUUGUAAGUCUUGUAAAGGAUAUUUUCCCAUAUAUGUUUACCGAUAGUGAAAAGGUAGUAAAGAUUGUGCAUUCCUUAUUAAAGUACUUUUUCGUCUAUCACACCUUUGAUGCCUUUCAGAGUUGUAUGAUGGGAGUUCUUCGUGGAUGUGGAAUGCAGAAACAAGGUGCUAUUGUUAUUCUCUUUGUCUAUUCUAUUGUUGGAGUUCCACUUGGAGUAUUUCUCUUUCUUAAAAUGAGUUUUGGUAUUGAAGCCUUAUGGUUAGGUCCUGCUUUUGGAGUUACGGUGAUUGGAUUUCCCUGUUAUGUCUUUAUGCUAUUACGUGUUAUUAAAUGGGAUUCCUUAAAACCACACACAGAUCAUCAUGAAUUGGAUUAUGUGAUGGAGGAAGAAAAAGAGGAUGUGGCUUCUGUGGUGAUUUGCAGUAGUGAGAGUAUGAGUAACUUAACACUUGUGGGUAAUGAAGAGGAGGAAGAUGAGGCACUGAAAGGGAAAAGGGAAAGUACGGUAAAUAGAAAGAAUACAAAUGAUACCAUCAUUACAGUGGGUUUAACUUCCUCCUCUAUUACAGCCAACAACACAUCUUCUUCCUCAUCUGCUGUUGUGAAUGGAAUAGAUAGAAUAUGUGAGGUCUUACCAACAAGGAGUAGUGGAGUAUCCAUCGAACCAACUCGUGAAAAGAAGGAAUAG